AUGCGUGGCAUGGCCAUCCGCCAGCCGCUGCUGUCGUUCGCGGCGGCCUCCGCGGCCCACCUGCCGCUAGCGAUGGUCAACGUCGAUUUCGCCAGCCCCAGCCUGGUGCUCGGCACGGCGCUGAUCGGCUGCGGCAUCGCGCUGCUGCAGACGCGCAACCUGCAGCGGCGCGUGUCGCGCGACGCCGACAUCGUGGUGGCGGCCAUGGUGUCGAUUGUGGGCAGCACGCUGAUAUUUCAAGGCUGGCGCCUCGACCCGCUGCUGCUGCUUUGCCAGGCGCUCACCACGUCUGUCGCGGUGUGGUACGGCCUCGAGGCGUUCAAGCUGAGGGCGCAGGUGCAGGAUGAGGAGGAGGACCAGCCGCUCCUGCCGCCGCCGGCCGACCAGUAUUACUCCCAGCAGCAGCAGCAGCAGCAGCAGCCCCAGGACUUCCGCGCCGGCGGCGCGGGCUACCUGCCGCCCGGCGCGGACCGAGUGCCGCCGCCCUGGCAGCAGCAGCAGCAGCAGGCGGCGGCCCCGCCGCAGUGGGGCGGUCGGUACGUGGAGGAGACUAUUGCAUAUGACUAUUACGGCAACCCCAUUCCACAGCAGCAACCGAUGGGGGUGGCCGCCCCGAUGGUGGAUGGCGGCGGGUAUGGCCCAGGCCCAAGCGGCGGCGCGGGCGGGCUCGAUUUGGACGGCGACUACGCAUCUAUCGCCGCAGGCGCCGCCGCUGCGGGUGCCGCGGCGGCGGCCGCGGGUGUGGGGCCGAGCGGGCGGGGAUACUAUGGCGGCGGUGCGGCUCCGCCGGCGCAGCUGUACGGGCCGGAUGUGCCCUAUUAUGGAGAGUUUGGCAGCGGCGGCGCACCCGACCCGUACGGGCCUUCGGCAGCAGGCGGGCCUGCCCUCCCGGGGCCCGACGUGCAGGGCGCGGGCGGCGGCUACGGGCCUGGGCAGCAGCAGGGGCAGGCGCAGCAGCAACAGCAGGGGCAGCAGGAUUAUGGAGGACCGCAGUGGCGGCCAGCGCGUCGGGGGCCCGGAGAGUACGACGCCGUGGAUGACUGGCAGUAG